UGUGAAAACGCGUGGACAUCCUCAGCACCUUUGCUUUAUCAGUGACUUGAGAAUCCAAUGUACGUACUCUCCCUCCUUCUUCUCCAAACUUCAGAACUCUUUCACAGUCUCUCUUGUUAUCUCAUAGCUCUCAAUGGUGAUCAUUGAAGAAGCCUCUCAUCCAUGGACAUACCAUGUCUUUCUGAGUUUUAGAGGUGAGGAUACACGCAACAAUUUCACAGGCCAUCUAUGCAGCGCUUUGCGUCAGAUGGGAAUCAACACCUUCAUGGAUGAUCAGCUCAGACGAGGAGAAGAAAUAUCAACAGCGCUUCUCGAAGCAAUUGAAGAGUCGAAGAUUUCAAUCAUUGUGUUCUCUGAAAACUAUGCAUCCUCCAAAUGGUGCUUGGAUGAACUUGUCAAGAUCCUCGAGUGCAGGAAAUCAUAUGAACAAAAGGUUCGACCAGUUUUCUACAAAGUCGAUCCCUCGGAUAUACGAAAUCACAGAGGUAGCUUUGGGGAAGCACUUGCUAAUUAUGAAUCCAAAUUCAAGGAGAAGGUCCAUAUAUGGAAGGCAGCUCUUAAAGAAGCGGCAAAUUUGUCAGGGUGGACUCUCUCAGAGAAUUGUUCUGAAUCCGGUGUUAUUCAUAAAAUCGUUGAAGAGAUUUCAGAGCAAGUCAUAAACAAUACAAAGUUGGAUGUGGCCAAGUACCCAGUAGGAAUAGAACCUCGUGUGCAAGAGAUCCAUAAGCUUUUGGGUGUUGGGGAAACGGAUGUUCAUAUGGUAGGGAUAUGGGGGGCUGGUGGAGUAGGUAAGACAACAAUUGCCAUAGCUGUCUAUAACUCAAUUGCUCAUAAAUUUGAUGGGAGUUGUUUUUUAGAAAAUGUUAGAGAAAAUUCAAACGGUGGAGGCCUCGUCAAACUACAAGAGAUACUUCUUUGUGAGAUUCUAAAGGGAACAAAAUUGAAGGUGACAAAUGUAGCUAGAGGAAUCACUAUGAUAAAGGAAAGAUUGAAGUACAAAAGGGUUCUUUUAGUUCUUGAUGAUGUGAAUGACAUGGAUCAGUUGAACAAGUUAGCCGGUGAACUUAGUUGGUUUGGUAUGGGUAGUAAAAUCAUCAUAACAACAAGGGAUAAGAAAUUGCUGAGAGGUCAUAGUGUUAAAUUGAUGUACGAGGUUGAGGAAUUGAAUCAUGAUGAAGCUUUAGAGCUUUUCAGUAUGAAUGCCUUUAAAAGAAGUCGACCUUUGGAUGGUUAUGUAGAACUCACAGAACGUGCAAUAUGCUAUGCUCAUGGUCUUCCAUUAGCUUUGACUGUUUUAGGUUCUGCUCUAUGCAAUGAAAAUGUAGAGCUAUGGGAAGUUGCAUUAGAGGGUUUCAAAAGCCCAAACAUUAGAGAAGUUCUCCAAAUAAGUUACGACAGUUUGGAUGACACUGUGAAGGAAUUUUUUCUUGACAUUGCAUGUUUCUUCAAAGGUGAAUAUACAGACCAUGUGAUACAAACACUAGAAGCUUAUCACCGCAAACCUGCUAAGUAUGGUAUCAACGUGCUCAUAGACAAGGCCCUUAUCAAUACAUCCAUGGGUUGCAUUUGGAUGCAUGACUUGCUACAAGAAAUGGGUAGAGAUAUAGUCCACCAAGAAUCACCCAAUAUCCCCAGAAAGCGUAGCAGAUUGUGGUUUCAUGAAGAUGUUUACCACGUUCUAACAGAGAAUAUAGAAAUAACCAAGAUUAUAGGCAUCAAGGUGCAGCUGCCUGAAGAUUCACAUGUGAUAUGCUUUAGUGGUACCACUUUCUCCAAUAUUCGAAAUCUUAGACUUUUCAUAUACCGUUCUGGACGCUAUUCUGGAGUUGUUGAUAAUCUGCCAAAAGGCUUGAGGGUAAUUGAUUGGCCUAACUGUCACUUACAAUUUUUGCCAUCCAAUUCAAUUCCAAGAGAACUUGCUCUAAUCAAUAUGCCUAGGAGUCACAUCACAGUAAUGGGAGAUGGAUACAAGCAUCUGAUAAAUCUGACAUCAAUAAAUCUAAGCUCUUGUCAAUACCUAACAAAAGUCUGGGACUUAUCCGGAAGCCCAAACUUACAACGUUUGAAUCUAGCUAAUUGUGAAAAUUUAGUUGAAGUGGAUCGUUCUGUUGGAUUCCUCAAUAAACUUGAUUAUUUGAGUCUUUGGAACUGCCCUAGUCUUGAGACUUUUCCAACUAAAGUUAGUUGGAAAUCCAUGAGGGAUCUUCAGCUUUCCUUUUGUGGAAGGCUUGAGAAUUUCAUAAACAUUGCGCACAAGAUGGAGGCCAUUAAAAGAUUGAAACUAAAUCGAAGUGGCAUAAAAGAACUGCAUUCAUGGAUUGGAUGUUGCACUUCCUUGGAAGUUUUGGAUUUGGGUGGAACUCCAAUCAAACAACUACCUUCAACGAUUGAAAAUCUUACUUCCUUAAGAGUAUUGGAGCUGUUUGAAACUCCCCUUAAAGAAUUGCCUUCAUCGAUUGGAUGUCUCACUUCCUUGGUGGAAUUGGACGUGUCUGAAACUCUCAUCGAAGAAUUGCCUUCAUCAAUUAGGCAUCUGACUUUCUUGGAGAGAUUGAAGCUGUCUAAAACUCCCAUUAAGGGAUUGCCAUCAUCAAUUGGGGAUCUCACUUCCUUGGUGGGAUUGGACGUGUCUGAAACUCUCAUUGAAGAGCUGCCUUCAUCAAUUGGGCAUCUGACUUCCUUGGAGAGAUUGACGCUGUCUAAAACUCCCAUCAAAGAAUUGUCUUUAUCAAUUGAGAAUCUCACUUCCUUGAAGGAAUUGAACGCGUCUGAAACUCUCAUUGAAGAAUUGCCUUCAUCAAUUGGAAAUAUCACUUGCUUAAAAAGAUUGAGGCUGUCUGGAACUCCCAUUAAAGGACUGCCUUUAUCAAUUAGGGAUCUCACGUCCUUGGUGGAAUUGGACGUGUCUGAAACUCUCAUUGAAGAAUUGCCUUCAUCAAUUGGAAAUCUUACUUCUUUAACAGAAUUGAAGCUGUCUAAAACUCUCAUUAAAGAACUGCCUUCAUCAAUUGGUUUUAUCACUUCCUUGCAGAAUGUGGACGCUUCUGAAACUCUGAUUGAAGAAUUGCCUUUGUCAUUUAGAAAUCUCAUUCACCUUAAACUAAAAGGAUGUGCAAACCUUACAAAUGUGCCGCACAGUGUGUACGGAGGGCUGCAACAUCUAGAAUCUCUAGACCUCUCUUGGUGCCCAAAACUGGAGACAUUUCCAAGUAGGGUGAGCGCUUUGGUUUCGUCAAGUGUAGAAUCUCUUCCUUUGAUGCUUUCAACUAAUUCAAACAAUGGGCAUGAUGAUCGUGGUUCAUUAUUGUUUCCCCAGCUACAGAAUCUACAAUUUGAAGGAUGCAAAUUAUCAGUCUCUGAUUUCCUAACGAAUCUCGACUGUGUGUCCACAUUAGGUGUACUUAAUCUAUCAGGAGGCAGUUUUGAUAGUCUUCCGGCAUGCAUCAGCAAAUUUCGCGAGUUGCAUUCUCUUAAUUUGGCUGGUUGCAAGAGACUUCGAGACAUUUCAGAACUUCCACCAAAUAUAAAACAUCUAAAGCUGGAUGAUUGCGUAUCGUUGGAAAGACUUUCAAAAUUGUCAAAUAUACUGGAACAGAGAGACACUCCGGGACAUCUUCAAGUCAUGCAAUUGUCUAAUUGCAAUAGACUUAUGGAUAAUCUUGGCAUGGACAUGGAUAAUUUUGGCAUGGACAUGGUGUCGAAAAUGGCAAAAACAUUACCGUAUCAGCUGGUGCAUGCCGGCUUAGAUCGGCAUGUGAAGUGUUGGAAUCUUAUGCUUCCAAGCCUCCCGGAAAUUGAAGUUCCAAAGUGGUUUGAUAGGGGUGAGGUGGACACAAGUGUGCUUCCUGGUCAUGAAACUUAUGAUAUAUGUGAAAUUUUGAUAGAAGUCCCUAGGAAUCUGAAGGCUGAGAGAAUACGAUUGGUUGUCUGUGUUGUUUUUGAAAUUACCCAAGAUUGCUCCGCUGGUUUUGAUGGUUCUUCUGUGACGGUUGUGAUUGAUAAAAGAGAGUAUAGUGACGGUGGGCACUAUUUUGAAUCAAAAGCGACCGAGUCAUCAGCUCAUGAUCAUGUACAUGUGCGUCUGACGUGUAUUGCUUUCAAGGAGCUAGAGGUGGUGGAUCCUGUUGUUCGAGUGACUUUUCACGCAUUUUACCCGUGUGGCAAAAGGUUGCCCGUAAAAAGUUUCGGGGUCCACCUGGGUAAUAUGCAAGAGAAUGAUGAUGAUCAAGUAAGUGGUGAAUACGUGGCACGAGAAAGAUAUAGGCAGAGCAAUGCUAGCAUUUCUGAUUUUGAAAACGCAGAAGGGGCAGCUGUAGCAUCAUUGGUAUCAGAUGACAGCAAUUCCGGGGAAGUAGACGAUGAUCAUCAUGAUGGGGAACAGGAACAGGAACAAGAACAUGAACCUCAUCUUCCAACCGAAAGAUUUGAAGACUUGGCAAGACAAACUAAUAUAGGCAGAGCAAUGUUAGCAUUUCUGAGGUGCUUUGGAAUUACCUGCUUGUGAUUUUGGUCACGCACAAUGUGCAGCUAGCUCUAGUAUCAUCAACCAAAUACCGAGCGAGGCCUUGAAAAGAAGCCUUUCUUUUGCUAAAGUCGAUCUUGAAAGAACAGGAACCUCAUCAUCCAACAAAAAAGAUUCAGGUGGAAAUAAUGCUAUGAUCAUACAUGAUGGGGAUGAUUAAUAGUUGGAUUCCAGAAGUCGAUCUCGAAGUAUGGCACUUGAUGGCCAGAGGCAGAGGCACCAAUUUAUCUGGAUUCAUAUGAUGGUCAACUCGAUCUCGAUCAAUCAACCCGAACAAGGCUGGGUUUGUUCUUCAAUAUCAAAUCCUGUUUGCUCAUUGGUUGUCUGGCUUUUUAAUAUUUUUUACUUUUAACUCUAGGCCUUUAAUUGGUAAUGUUUGCUGGCUUUCAGUGCUCUUUGUUUAUCACAAGUGACAGUGACAUAAUGCUAUAUAUCUUCAAAUACAGAUAAAGCUAAUUAUAAACAACGCAUGCUAUGUAUCUUCCUAGCAUUAUUGAUUAGAAAGAAAUUUAUGAGUAUAUAACAUGAAAUUUUGACCUCACCAACUAAAGUAGGGAAACUACCUAAAACACCUCUGUAAAAAGAAAAAUGGCACUUUACAAUGUGUGAGUGUGCACGUCAGCCAUAUGAAAAAAUAAAGUUCGACACAUGAUUCUUUUAUUAAGGAUAGUGUAAAGUGUGCACAUUUCGUACAUUAGACUUUGAAAAAAAGUUGAAACAUGCAAUAGGGGCCAGCUCUUACCGAAGCAGCAAAUUUUUCGCGGUGGCCUCUCUUGAAUGAUUGUAUCUCCAAUUGCAUGUAUAUAAAUUAUUAGUGGAUUUAUUCAUACUUUAGCUUAUAUUUCUGAGUUGUUGAUAAAGAUUGGGAAAAUUCUGGUAGUAGAGGAUAGAAGAUGUUGAAAUAUGGAAUACGUACGGGGGCAUAUUCCAGUGUUUUAGACUCGAUGAAGAAUGAGACCCAAGAAUGAAUGAAUUUUUUUUUUAGAAUGAAUGGAUUGAGAAUUGCAGCUUUCUUGAUGAUGAGUGAAAAUUCAAUUGUCUUACUCAGUAAUUGACUUGCUAACAGUCGUAACCGGCUUAUUAGUAUUACAACUUGCAGUGUAACCAUAGUUAUUGACAACUAAUUAUAGACAGUAAGCAUAGUCAUAGUUACUGAUAACUAAUUAUAGACAGCAACCAUAGUUACACUGACUCAGUUAAGCAUCCUAUACUGUAACUUCCCCCCUCAACCUUUAGGUAGAGGACCUAGCAGCUAGCUGCAGGUUGGCAAUAAGAGAAUGAAGCUGAGAGCAGGGCAAACCCCUAGUAAAGACAGCUGCAAGGUACUCUGCAAUGGAAAGAUUGGAAUUAAUUUAUAUAGCUCAGUUUGUGAUAUUUCUAACCUGCUUCCAAGUGCCUUGUGCUGCAGUUAAGCAUAGCCUGCUUUCAUUCUAAUUAUGGCAGCUUAGAGAUCAGGAAUUUAGAGUCGUAGAAAGGGGAGACCUUUCCUUAUAUCUCCCAAGGCAUAUGAGGAUUAUUGAAAAUUUAACCUCCAGGGCCUUGUUUGCUUAAAUAAUACUGAUUGGCCUCUUUACACGUGCUCGUGCACAGCAUAUUUUCGCAUUCAACUGUGCUUGAAUAUGCAUAAUUGCUAGGUUGUGUCUUUUGGAAAAGGUGACGUUUUAUGAACCAUUCUUAAGACAGAGUUGACAUGAGACAGUAAUGGAUGAACCAUGAUUACUGAAACCACCUUUUAUUCUUGAAGCUGCCAUUAUAGGGUCGUGCCAUUGUCUGAAUCAUUAAUUAGCGAUUGUGUCUCUAUUGUAAAAGUUGCCAUCACCAUACUAAUUUCUGCCUCUUUCUCUUCAAUUUUGAGGAUUUAAAUUUGUGUGGCUAUCAUUGAAGUCAUAAUGCUAAUGAAAGGAGAUAUUCUUUGCAGUCACUGCAGAUAGAGGAGAAAGCUGCAAUGUUGUGGCAGCCCGAUCAACUGUAUUGCAUCAGUGAUAUAACUCUAGUACUCUGAUCCUUUGCAGAUUUUGAAUUAAUUCUAUAGGAUUGAUUGAAGAUCCAUAUUACUCUUUGAAAUUAUGGACCUUAUGGUUUGAGAUAUAACAUAAAUUGAAAGAUCAAAAGUUCAUAGACAAGUAGGUGCGCAUCUAUGAGUGGUAAUAUUCUCUGUCAUACUCAGCUGCUCUCAUCCCUUGAAAAUGGACGUCUGAUUCUAGAACGAAACUUAUUUAGGAGUGGUAAUUGGAGAUAUUUCUUAGUGUGACCAUUGAACUACGGGAUAAUGCUAACAUUGUUUGAUGCUUUAACCUACUAGUCUAACAUUUCUUAGUGUGUGUCACGCACAUUACACAAAAAGUUUGUAUUCUUUGCCUUUCCAAACAUAUAUGGAAAUAUACCAUUUCAUUAAAUGUUUCUAUGCUUCUAAACUUGCAGCCAGGAUUUGAGUCUCAACUCAUCCAGAACGUUGUUGACGAAAUGGUUUAAUAUGGUGUGGAGCUUAGCAGGAUAACUUACAAUACGCACGCUGGUUAAUAUUCAUCUGAAUCAAAAAAUGGAUAUGGUAAAGGAGGUCUUUGAUUUAAGGAUAGUUAAGGUUCAUGUCCCUGAUUUUGCUUCCUGUAAAGCCUUGGUCAGUGGUUAUGUAAAAGUUAAAAGAAUAGAUGGACUACCAAGGCUUGUUAAGUAAAUGAUCCAAUCAGAUUGAUGGCUGAUCUGAAAUGCAAAAUUGUUCUGAAUAAUCACUCGAAGGAAUGUUGUAUCAGUUGGUGUUAAACAUCACCAAAUAAUAUAAAUCAUUUUCAAACA